AUGGACCUUCAACAGUAUGACUUUAAUAUUAAGCAUCGAGCAGGAAAAGCAAAUGCAAAUGCAGACGCAUUAUCCAGAAUGUUUGAAGAAGAUAAUCAAACUCUUAGUUGUUUCAUGAUUUCUAUCGAAAAAGAAAGACAAACUAAUGCAAAUGAAAGCUUUACUCCAGUACAUGAAGAGUAUGAUGCAGAUUCAGAAGAUGAUUAUACUGAUAGACCUGCUCAAAGAGCCAUCGAUUUGUUAAAUCAUUGUGAUAAUUUAUUAUACGAUAUGCAAAGCUACAUUGAAGAACGAUCAGGAAAUAGUUCUCCUAUCAAUAUUAUUUCAGGAAUUCGAUAUGAGUUUGACAACCUCAAUGGACCUCAUUCAGAAGAUUGUAUUUGUAAAGAUUGUCAACCUCCUCCAGCCCGUUCACCAUCACCAUAUAGUUGCUGCAAUGAAAUUAUUUGUCAGUGUAAUGAAGAUAACUAUUCAAUUGAUACAGAAGAAUAUAAUAAUUCGUGGGAAAGACAAAUUAAUGGAGAGGCAUUCUCUGAUUAUUCAGAAGAAAAUCAGAUCAAUAUUGAAGAACAUAUCGCUUGGACCAUGUGUGGUAUGGACCGUCAAGCUCUAGAAAACAUGUAUUUAGAAAACAUCAAAAUUAAACAAGUAAUCGCUGGUCAACCAAUCAAUCAUGGUGGAAGUCGUUGUACCAUGGAAUGUGAUACAGAAAAUCAUCACGUGCACACAUAUUGUACGAUGUGCAAGAAGAAUUUAUUUUAUGGAACUACUAUACAUAACUGUAUCAUUGGAUUCACUUUAGGAAAAAUCAGGCCAGAUAUGAAUCCCAAAUUUCUUAUUAAUAAUCAAUGGUGGAAAGAACCUCAAGCAGUACAACUUGAAAAUAAUAUCAAUUAUCUUAAAUAUAUCGAACGAUUAAUUAAUUAUUUACCAGUUUACAAAGUAUCUUUGGAACCUUUCAUUGCCAAUUUGGACUAA